GCAAAAGCGGUUCGUUUUAACCAUUGGCUGUUCGCGUUUGCGCUUCAGUAAACGAAUUCGCUGUCAAUGGCCCGCUGGUGGACCUGUUUUCUAUGAAAGCUCUGGCUUUUUACAGCCAAAAUGCCCAGAUUUUUAGUUGUAAUGGAUAUCUUAUAUUUUGUAUGGAUAUUUCCAAUGGUCGGGGCAGUCGAAGAAAUUCUCAUGGACUCUACGACAGCCACAGCAGAGCUGGGAUGGACAGUCUACCCAGCGAUGGGGUGGGAGGAGGUGAGUGGCUAUGACGAAAACAUGAACACCAUCCGCACCUACCAGGUGUGCAACGUCUUCAACAACAACCAGAACAACUGGGUCCGCACCAAGUACAUCCGCCGGCGCGGCGCCCAGCGCAUCCACGUGGAGAUGAAGUUCUCGGUGCGCGACUGCAGCUCCAUUCCCAGCGUCCCUGGCUCCUGUAAGGAGACCUUUAACCUUUACUACUAUGAGGCGGACUCGGACACGGCCAACAAAGGCUCCCCCGCCUGGAUGGAGAACCCCUGGAUUAAAGUGGACACCAUCGCCGCGGACGAGAGCUUCUCCCAGGUGGACCUGGGCGGCCGAGUGAUGAAGAUCAACAAAGAGAUACGGAGCUUCGGCCCCGUGUCGCGCCAGGGUUUCUACCUGGCUUUCCAGGACUACGGCAGCUGCAUGUCGCUGAUCGCCGUGCGCGUGUUCUACCGGAAGUGCCCCCGCGUGGUCCAGAACGGCGCGGCGUUCCCCGAGACCCUGUCGGGGGCGGAGAGCACCUCCCUGGUGGCGGCGCGGGGCGUCUGUGUGCCCAACGGGGAGGAGGUGGACGUGCCCAUCAAGCUGUACUGCAACGGGGACGGGGAGUGGAUGGUGCCCAUCGGCCGCUGCAUGUGCAAGGCCGGCCACGAGGCUGUGGAGAACGGCACGGCGUGUCGAGCGUGUGUCUCCGGGUUCUUUAAGUCUUCCCAGGGAGACCACCAGUGUCUCCAGUGUCCUAUCAACAGUCGCACCACCAAUGAGGGGGCCACAAACUGCGUGUGUCGCAACGGUUACUACCGCACCGACUCGGACCCCCCACAGAUGCCCUGCACCACCAUCCCCUCCGCCCCCCAGAGUGUCAUCUCCAUCGUGAAUGAGACAUCCCUGAGGCUGGAGUGGAGCGCACCGCGCGACGGCGGCGGCCGUGAGGACGUGGUCUAUAACAUCAUCUGUAAGAGCUGUGGCGGCGGCCGGGGAGGUUGCACGCGCUGCGGGGACAACGUCCAGUUCGUCCCGCGCCAGUUGGGCCUGACCGAGUCCAGCGUCCACAUCAGUGACCUGCUGGCCCACACACAGUACACCUUCGAGAUCCAGGCGGUCAACGGGGUGUCUGACCAGAGCCCCUACUCGCCACAGUACUCCUCAGUUAACAUCACCACCAACCAGGCUGCACCUUCAGCUGUAACCAUCAUGCACCAGGUGAGCCGAACCCCUGACAGUAUCACUCUCUCCUGGUCCCAACCUGACCAGCCCAAUGGCCUCAUACUGGACUAUGAGCUGCAGUACUAUGAAAAGAGCAUGGCAGAGUGGAACUCAUCAGUGGUACGCAGUCAGACUAACACAGCAGUGAUCAGGGGCUUGAAGCCUGGCGUUAUAUACGUCUUCCAGGUACGAGCUCGGACUGUGGCCGGAUUCGGACGCUUCAGCGGAAAGAUGUACUUUCAAACCAUGACCGAAGAGGAGUACAAGUCCUUCUUUCAGGAGAAGCUCCCCCUCAUCAUCGGCUCAGCCGCUGCAGGCGUGGUCUUCAUAAUCGCUGUUGUCGUAUUUGUCAUCAUCUGCAAACGAAGAAGCUUUGAGAGACCGGAAUCUGAAUACACUGACAAGCUGCAGCAUUACACCAGUGGCCACAUGUCUCCAGGAAUGAAGAUCUAUAUUGACCCAUUCACUUACGAGGAUCCUAAUGAGGCAGUGAGGGAGUUUGCCAAAGAGAUUGACACCUCCUGUGUCAAGAUAGAGCAAGUCAUUGGUGCAGGAGAGUUUGGGGAGGUGUGCAGUGGGAACCUACGUCUCCCUGGGAAGAGAGAGAUCCUGGUGGCCAUCAAGACCCUAAAGGCAGGCUAUACAGAGCGCCAAAGGCGGGACUUCCUGUCUGAAGCAUCAAUCAUGGGCCAGUUUGACCACCCUAACAUCAUCCACCUGGAGGGUGUGGUCACCAAGAACGCCCCCGUCAUGAUUAUUACAGAGUUCAUGGAGAACGGAUCUCUGGACUCCUUCCUUAGGCAAAAUGACGGGCAGUUCACAGUGAUCCAGCUGGUGGGCAUGCUGCGUGGCAUCGCGGCUGGCAUGAAGUACCUGAAUGACAUGAACUACGUGCAUCGGGAUUUGGCCGCACGCAACAUCCUGGUCAACAGCAACCUGGUGUGUAAGGUGUCUGACUUUGGGCUCUCUCGGUUCCUGGAGGACGACACAUCAGAUCCCACCUAUACCAGCGCCCUGGGAGGGAAGAUUCCUAUACGAUGGACAGCCCCAGAAGCCAUCCAGUACAGGAAGUUCACCUCCUCCAGUGAUGGGUGGAGCUACGGCAUCGUCAUGUGGGAGGUGAUGUCAUAUGGAGAGCGGCCCUACUGGGACAUGAGUAAUCAAGAUGUGAUUAAUGCCAUAGAGCAGGACUACCGGUUGCCCCCACCCAUGGACUGCCCCUCAGCCCUGCACCAGCUCAUGCUGGACUGCUGGCAGAAGGACCGCAACAACCGGCCCAAGUUCAGCCAGAUUGUCAAUAACCUGGACAAGAUGAUUCGCAACCCAAACAGUCUAAAGGCCAUGACGCCGUUGUCAUCAAGUGUUCACCUACCUCUACUGGACCGCAGCACUCCGGACUUCUCUAGCUUCACCACCGUGGAUGAGUGGCUGGAUGCCAUCAAGAUGGGCCAGUACAAGGAAAACUUUGCCAACGAGGACUUUACCAGCUUCGACGUGGUCUCUCAAAUGACCAUGGAGGACAUCCUGCGUGUGGGGGUGACACUAGUGGGCCACCAGAAGAAGAUCCUGAACAGUGUCCAGUCUAUGCGGGCCCAGAUGAAUCAGAUCACUUCUGUGGAGGUCUGACCUCUGCUGUCUAGACAGGGAGAGCCCUAGACUGGACCGGAAACCCCAGCCUGGUCAUCCUGUCAGACUGUGACGCCCACCCCCUUUAAGCCAUCCUUCUUAACAUCGUCCUCCCAUCUGUUCAGUGGCCAGUCGGCAGUCUGUACUGUAUGGUCAAUCUAGAUCCCUGCUCAGCUUUUUUCUCAGUCGCCAAACACCGUCCUCCUGUGUUCAGUCUGUCUCUGGCUAGGCUGAGUCUUUUACGGUCCGGACUGUGUCUUCGACUGCAGUGAGUGUUGAGUGCACAGCUGCAGCCCCUCCCUGUGCUUGUAGUAAGAUAUUGUUUACAGUCUAUUGGUUGGAUAUGAUUUAUGCUGGUCCCUAGACUGAAAAGCAUCAACAGACUGCCCUUAUGAAGGGCUAUUAAGAGAAGGUUGGGACCAGACUUCACAGGGCUUCAUUCUCAUCUUUCGCAAUGAGCCUCUGACGGUACCAGUGACAGAUUUUCUGGAUAGUGAAUAAGCUCAUGGACAAGUGGCGGACUACUAUACAGUUUCACAGACUUAAAAUGACUCAUCUUCUGGAGGCACCUGUUCGAAUAGAGCAGACUCGCCGUUCUUGUUAAUAAGCCUCUCUUUUGACAGUUUGAACAUUGUGGUGAUUCUAUUUGUUUGUCCUACACUUCCAAUCUCAAAAAAAAAAAUAGUAUCAAGGUUUUUUAGUUUGUUUUUUUAAACACUACUUCCAACAGCCCAAAAGAACCAUAAGAUAAAGUACUGUACUGUGCAUGUCAUUGUCUUGUACAUAUCAGAUGCACUCUGUUGUCUCUUUCUCUUCUGGGAAUCACAGGCUGUCAUAGCCAUUAUACCAAGUCGUCCAUUUUCACUGUUUUGGCUCUGUACAAUCUUUUGUUUCGAUGACUCAGUUGGUAUUCGUUUUUUAAAUGUUUUGAAUGUGCACCUUAAUGAAGAUUUUGGGUUGGCACAAUCAUGACCUAUUCCAUUACAAAAGUGUUGUGUACAAAGUUUAGAUUUUGCUUUCCCUUUGUCCUUUGAUGUUUAAAGGGUAUUAAUAUGCAUUUUUGGUCUGUCAUGAAAAGCACUUGUCCUCCCUUUUAUGGUACAUACAAAAUGGCGGCCAUACGUUAUAGGUUAGCCAGGUGUCUAACACAUCUACUGUACUUGCACAAAAUGGAAGUCUCCAUACAGGUGGGAAGGUGUUCUAAUGGGAGCCUGAUGGUAUUUAAAAGACUUCACAGAACACUGUUUUCAUUCGGUUUGUUUUUAAAUGGGUUUUAUAAUGUGAUUUGUGAUUCGUUUUUAUACUGCUAGCUAUGAUCACCUUUGACAGUAUGGAGCUGUUAAUUAUCACUUAAUCUAGAGUCAAACACAGGACAUAUUGUACAUACUGUUGCCGUUAUUAUUUCCUGUGGAUGAAUCAUCACAGAGUACAGUGGAGACUUUUUAAAGAAAUGGAUAAAAGGUUACUUAAAAAAAAUAUGGGCUUUAGUUUUUUGUAGCUACUGAGAAAUAGGGGUAAACCUCUUCCUCAUAUUGUGCCAGCACAAAUUACAACAAGUUUACACAUUGAUACUCCAUCCAUAACAUACUAUACUUGAGGUUCAGGGAUCAGCAGGAAACCGUUAGACACUGGUUUUCAAAAGGUGUUGUUCAAAGGGGCCAAAAGACACUAGCCAGGUCAAACUGAGGCACUGAAACUGCCACAGUGUCUGCAUGCUCCUAUGCUUCCAUUGUCCCAGAACUUAAUGGAUGAAUCAGGAUCAGGCCUUACUGUUAAUUUCACUUACCAUUUAAUAGGUAUGAUUAUGGUACUAAUCAGGAUACAGCUCAAUAAGACACGUAGGACCAUUUACUAAUGGUAAUGUACUCAACUGUGUUACUGCAGUGUUACCACCACAAACACAACUGACAAACUCAGCCGCCCCUACAGAGAUACAAGUUAUUGCCCACUGAUAAACAAGGAUAUGUUCCUCUGAAAACUAUCUUCUUUAGUUCUUCCCAGACACACUGUUUUCUCUGUCAUUUCGUCAGUCUUUUCAUAAUGAUACAAUGAUUGCAUUAAUUUGAUAGAACCUGUGUUCUUUGAGAAUAGCCAAGUAAAUUUGACAUUGUUUUUUUUUUAUAGGCUUACAGGCAUUGUACUAAUAAAGAUCUGGAUUUCUAAAUGAAGGAUGACAAAUCAUACAAAUAUGACAUAGAUAUACAGUACAUUAAAUGAAAACUGUUUUUGCUGCUGUCAACAAAUACACUCACAAAGACCCUGCCAUCAUUUGAGUGUUUGCAAACAAAAGAAACCAAAACAGACGCUUCUACUGUCACCUCAAGUCCAUAUAGUUGUGACCUCUCUAUAUGAGCACAGUAACAUUUUGUUUUUUAAAUUUUAGGUGUGUAAAAAAAUCCUCCAUUGUCCACUGAGCUAUCCGCCUUCCCUGGGCUGAUUCCAUGUUAAACAUGCACUAUUUCCGUACCUCCAUUCCUUACAGUAACUGUUUCACACUUUCACUUCUGUCCUCCAUCUAAAGACACAAAGGGUCUGCCAAGCCCUAGUCCAGCCCCACUUCCAGUCCUAACCACUGUGAUUGCAUUGGGACAUUUUGUUUUCUGUACAAAUGUACAGUGACUGUAACCCUGUGAAUUACGUAACAAUUUUAAUUAUUUGUAAUAUUGUUAUUUGUCUAUUUGAUAGAAAAGAACAAAACAAAAGAAAACAAGUACUACAAAAAACCUGAAGCAACUGUCUUCUAUUAAUAAAAAAAGAUGACAUUGAAGUACUUUUA